AUGAUGGAAUAUCCCGACAUGAUGGAUCACAUUGAGAUCCCCGUCAUCGAGACGGAAGAGUCACUUUUUGAAGUUAUUCCAAAGUUAUCCAGCUUCAUUUCCAUGGCCGUCGGAGAUAUGGAAUAUUCCUUCGAGCAGAUGAGAUUUGGUGCCCGAGGUCAUCGCCUGAGGCAGUUAAUUCAUGCCCUCGCCCAAGAUAGCCACAACCCAUUUAUCAUAGUCGCUUUGAUGAUUUUGAAAUGGAACUUCAGUAACGCUACCGAUGAUGACUGGGGUCUAAAUGAAAGUCGAGGAUCGGCUUGUGAGUUUGUGGCCUGGCAAUUCCUGUGUCAUCUCAAUCAGCGGGAGACAAUUGAAUUUUUACUCGAGGAAUUACCUCUUCCUCGCCGGAAUUCAACAAAUCUUUUCGAAGUCGAACGUGGAAAUUCGGGGUUCGUCCCGGCGGGUGAUUUGGAGACGACACCACUACUCUCGGACCCCUUAACAUCUCUCAAACGCACUACACCUGGGAAGCAGCCCCGAGAGCUCGAUGAGAAUGGAGAACCCUACGCAGGCACACAGACCACCGAACCAGGGCGUAUCGAUAUUUCACCAUACUCGCAAUUCUUUGGUUUGAAUGCAUUGGAGAUUGCCGCAAUUGCUCAAGCAAAGAGGUUUCUUAGCCAGCGGGUGGUUCAGCGUGUUGUAAAUGACAUCUGGAACGGGCGGAUAGUCUUUUGGGAUUCUCUCACGGUGCAUUCGAAGAAGAAGCCCCAGCUUUUUAAUAGGAAAACAGCCGAUCCGUAUUCUCGUCUGAGAGUCCCUGUUUAUCGCAAGAUGUUCGAAGCUGCGUUCUUCCUCUCAUUUUUAGUUCUUUACUAUUCAGUGCUCGUGGAACGAAACCAGACGAGCGUGGGAUUUUUUGAAGCGCUGAUGGAUGUUUGGAUUGCUGCUUUUGCUUACGAUGAACUCAGCGGGCUCGUCGAUGCAGGGGUGUUGUUCUAUCAAAUGGACUUCUGGAGCCUUUGGAAUCUGGGUAUUAUCGGGGUAGGCUUUGCUUUCAUUAUUGCCAACCAUCAAGGGGCCAUCGGGCUAGGCAGAGGUGACAACUACAUUCUGAACUUCUCAUUUGACAUCCUUUCUCUCGAGGCACUUUUUCUUGUGCCAAGGAUCUGCUCGCUCGUGAGCCUGAAUUCAUACUUCGGCAGCUUAAUUCCCGUACUCAAGGAAAUGACGAAAGCAUUUUUUAGAUUUAUGCCGGUGGUGAUGGUCUUGUAUAUCGGGUUCUUGACGACAUUUACCAUGCUCGCCCGUGACCGCCUGUCACUUAAGGAAAUGUCAGAGAUGCUUGUGAAGGUUUUCUUUGGAUCGGGUUCACUUGGACUAGACAGCGCGUUUGAGAUCUCCCCGAUCUUCGGCUAUGGCUUGAUCGAUGACUACAGGUUGAUUUUCGUUUCGAUGACCAACAUCUUGCUUCUCUCUUCAUUGAUUAGUUUGAUGAGUAUGAGUCUUGAAGGAAAUCUUAUUCCGCUGCUCUGUAUUCGCCCCAUGCGGUUGUUUUUAUCUGCGGGGGCGGUUCGUCGGGUUCGAAUUAUUCUACUGCGAGCAACCCAUUUGCCAUUUGUGAUGCUUAUCUGGAUCUACGAGUCAAGUCGUCGACAUCUCUUAUCGCCAUCAACCGGUCGCUUACCGCCGAUAUCGUCACAAGAACAUGGUACUUCUGCUGUCGAGCCCGGUGUGUCUAGAUGCCUGGACCCACUGCACCCUUCUGUAGUCGAAACAUAUCGCCUUGGUCUGGGAAAUGAGCAACAGCAUGUGGAUCGGCACGACGGGCAGGAACUAGACCCCGCGCGGCCCGGACAGGCACAGGCACAGACACAGGCACAGGCUGCUCAUAUCACGGAGAUGAUCUCAUCCAUAGAACGGCUUCGAGUUCAAGUGGAGCGCGUCACAGCAAACCUAGAAGCGCAGCAGGGCAACAACUAA